AUGGGCAGUAGGCAGGGACGAGAGCAGUAUGAGCUGGCGGCCACCUCCGAGCAAGGAGGCAAAAAGAAGGGGAAAGGGAAGAAAAAGGAGAAAGACAUGGAUGAACUAAAGAAGGAAGUGGACAUGGACGAUCAUAAGCUGACUCUGGAUGAGCUGAAUCGCAAAUAUGGGACAGAUUUGAGCAAUGGUCUGACUAAUGCCAAGGCAGCAGAGAAUCUGGCCCGAGAUGGUCCCAAUGCUCUUACCCCACCUCCCACCACUCCAGAGUGGGUCAAGUUCUGCAAACAGAUGUUUGGAGGUUUUUCUAUGCUGCUGUGGACUGGGGCCAUCCUUUGUUUCCUGGCCUAUGGUAUUCAGGCUGCCAUGGAGAGUGAGCCUGCCAACGAUAACUUGUACUUGGGGGUAGUGCUCUCGGCUGUUGUGAUCAUUACUGGUUGCUUCUCUUACUAUCAAGAAGCCAAAAGCUCAAAGAUCAUGGACUCUUUCAAAAAUCUGGUUCCACAGCAAGCAUUAGUUGUCCGUGAUGGCGAAAAGAAGAGUAUCAACGCUGAGGAUGUGGUAGUUGGGGAUUUAGUAGAGGUGAAAGGUGGUGACCGUAUCCCUGCUGACCUGCGAAUAAUUUCUGCCCAUGGCUGCAAGGUGGACAACUCCUCUCUGACAGGGGAAUCUGAGCCGCAGACACGUACUCCAGAUUUCUCCAAUGAGAACCCCUUGGAGACCAGGAACAUUGCUUUCUUCUCCACCAACUGUGUUGAAGGAACCGCCCGAGGUAUUGUGAUCAGCACAGGUGACAGGACAGUCAUGGGUCGAAUUGCCACGCUUGCCUCGGGACUGGAAGUUGGGCGAACUCCUAUCUCCAUUGAGAUUGAGCACUUCAUCCAUAUCAUUACUGGUGUUGCAGUCUUCCUGGGUGUUUCUUUCUUUGUCCUCUCUCUCAUUCUUGGGUACACUUGGUUGGAGGCUGUCAUCUUCCUCAUUGGCAUCAUAGUUGCCAACGUGCCAGAGGGUCUCUUGGCUACUGUUACUGUAUGUCUGACUCUGACUGCCAAGCGCAUGGCCAAGAAGAACUGCUUGGUAAAAAAUCUGGAAGCUGUUGAGACCCUGGGCUCCACGUCCACUAUCUGCUCUGACAAGACUGGCACCUUGACCCAAAAUAGGAUGACCGUUGCACACAUGUGGUUUGACAACCAGAUCCAUGAAGCAGACACUACUGAGAACCAGAGUGGGACAUCCUUUGACAAGAGCUCUGCCACAUGGGCAGCCUUGGCCAGAAUUGCAGGACUUUGUAAUCGCGCAGUCUUCCUGGCUGAGCAGACUAAUAUUCCCAUAUUAAAGAGAGAUGUGGCUGGUGAUGCCUCAGAGUCUGCACUUCUGAAAUGUAUUGAGCUGUGCUGUGGCUCAGUCCAAGAGAUGAGGGAAAAAAGCACCAAAAUUGCAGAGAUUCCUUUCAACUCUACCAACAAGUACCAGCUUUCUAUUCACAAGAAUUCCUCACCUGAAAAGGAGUCCAACCAUCUGUUGGUUAUGAAAGGUGCCCCUGAAAGGAUUUUGGACCGCUGCUCUUCCAUCAUGAUACAGGGCAAAGAACAGCCUCUGGAUGACGAAAUGAAGGAUGCCUUCCAGAAUGCCUAUCUCGAGUUGGGUGGUUUGGGAGAGAGAGUGCUUGGUUUCUGUCAUUUCAAUCUGCCUGAUGACCAAUUCCCAGAAGGCUUUGCUUUUGACACUGAUGAGGUUAACUUCCCCACUGAAAAUUUGUGCUUCAUCGGUCUAAUGUCCAUGAUUGACCCUCCCCGAGCCGCAGUGCCUGAUGCUGUUGGCAAAUGCAGAAGCGCUGGAAUCAAGGUGAUCAUGGUAACAGGGGAUCAUCCAAUCACAGCUAAAGCCAUUGCUAAGGGCGUUGGCAUCAUUUCUGAAGGCAAUGAGACUGUUGAAGACAUUGCGGCACGUCUCAACAUACCAAUCAAUGAAGUCAACCCAAGGGAUGCUAAGGCCUGUGUUGUCCACGGUGGAGACCUCAAGGAUUUGAGUUCAGAGCAGCUUGAUGACAUCCUUAAGUACCACACUGAGAUUGUCUUUGCCAGGACCUCCCCACAGCAGAAACUAAUUAUUGUGGAGGGCUGCCAGCGACAGGGAGCCAUUGUUGCAGUGACAGGUGAUGGUGUCAAUGACUCUCCAGCUCUGAAGAAGGCCGACAUUGGUGUCGCCAUGGGGAUUGCCGGGUCUGAUGUCUCCAAGCAGGCAGCUGACAUGAUCCUGCUGGAUGAUAACUUUGCUUCCAUUGUCACAGGAGUUGAAGAAGGGCGUUUGAUCUUUGACAACUUGAAGAAGUCCAUCGCUUACACUCUGACCAGUAACAUUCCUGAGAUCACCCCCUUCCUCCUCUUCAUUAUUGCCAGCAUCCCCCUACCUCUGGGUACCGUCACCAUCCUUUGCAUUGACUUAGGAACUGACAUGGUCCCUGCCAUCUCACUGGCUUAUGAAGCAGCUGAGAGUGACAUCAUGAAGAGACAGCCCAGAAAUCCCAAAACGGACAAACUGGUGAACGAGAGGCUCAUCAGCAUUGCCUAUGGACAGAUUGGCAUGAUUCAGGCUCUUGCCGGCUUCUUCACCUACUUCGUGAUCCUCGCGGAGAACGGCUUUCUUCCCCGCACAUUGUUGGGUAUUCGUGUGGCCUGGGACAACAAAUACUGUAACGAUCUAGAAGACAGUUACGGGCAGCAAUGGACUUACGAACAGAGGAAGAUUGUGGAGUUUACCUGCCACACGGCCUUCUUUGCCAGCAUUGUCAUUGUGCAGUGGGCUGAUCUUAUCAUUUGUAAGACCAGGAGGAACUCUGUUUUCCAGCAAGGCAUGAGGAACAAAAUCUUGAUCUUUGGGCUUUUUGAGGAGACUGCACUGGCUGCCUUCCUCUCCUACUGCCCUGGCAUGGACGUCGCUCUAAGAAUGUACCCUCUCAGAGCUAACUGGUGGUUGUGCGCCUUUCCUUACUCCCUGCUCAUCUUUAUCUAUGAUGAAAUCCGCAAGCUGAUCAUCAGACGCAGCCCAGGAGGUUGGGUGGAGCAAGAGACCUACUAUUGA